AUGGGCUCCUUCAGACUCCCCACGUUAUGGCGACGGCUUUCGCUCGUCCUGGGGGGCCUCGUCAUCGUCUGCUUCCUCUAUUCCACUUACGACAGCAGCUGGACACAAUGGCAGGCACCGGUGCCGGUUACCUCGUGCACAGGAUUCGAUCUGGCAUCGGUAUCCGAAGAUCUCCACGAUCGAAUGAAGGCAGAAAGCGACUACACUCCGGCAGAAAUUGACCAGUUCGUCUGCGGCAUCGUCAACCACGACAUGAGUGCAUCCGCCCAGCUCGAGUGUCCCGCAACCAUCAGCCCGCGAUACCAGACCCUAAUCCCCACCGAUGCCGGAACAUCCCCAGAAAUCGCAUACUUCUUCACCCUCAACCUACACCAAGUGAUACACAUCAUCCUCCCGCUCAUGGGAAGUAUACUCGAGGCGAUUCGAUACUUGGGACCGGAGCACUGCGCUUUGUCAAUUGUGGAGGGCCGGUCCACGGAUGGGACAUAUGAAAUCUUGGCCAGUCUGAAGGCAGAGCUGGAUGUCUUGGGAGUCCGCUACUAUCUAUCCCGGAGCUCAUUGAAUCCGCUCGGACCGGGAGAAGAUCGCAUUAAGGAUCUGGCCGAGCUACGGAAUAUGGCUCUCGAGCCCCUCAUCACCGGCGUCAAGCAGAAGAACGCACCCUUUGCCCACGAUCCUAUGAUUAUAUUUAUCAACGACAUUGGCAUCUGUGCGGAGGACAUCCUCGAGUUGGCAUAUCAGCAAAAGGUGCAAUCGGCAUCUAUGACAUGCGCGUUUGACUGGAGGGAGGAGGGCGUCAUCCACGAUGUUUGGGUGUCGCGCGAUCUGGCCGGUGAUCUUUUCUUCGACAUUUCCUCCGACGGGCGCAUAUGGGACUCUCACAACCUGUUCUCACAUCACGAAGACAGUCGCCAGCGUUUCUCGAAGCAUCUCCCGGUGCAGGUAUUCAGUUGCUGGGGUGGAAUGGUCACAUUGGACAGUGGGCCGUUCAUAGAUGGCCAGGUUCGAUUCCGCUAUUCGGAGGAGGAUGAGUGCUACCAAGGAGAGCCAACUCUGCUGGCUCAGGACCUCUGGCGGCAAGGCAUGGGAAAAGUGCUUGCAGUGCCCGCCGUGAAUGUCGCGUAUGAAUAUCGCUGGACAUUAAGGGCCAAACAGGACAAGGGCUAUGUCCAUGACAUCGUCAACAAGCCGCGCUAUAAAGGUCACGACGAACUCGUACGUUGGCAGGAAGAACCGCCCAAAAAGAUCAAGUGUAUGCCCAGCUGGGAUAAACAGUCCUGGGUGGACGCUAUCUAG